AUGAUGCUCAGGGCUGCCAGUACCAAGACCAUCCUCCGACUCGCCAAGCCAGCAGCAGUCAACCAGCAGCUCAGCCGGACAUUCGCCUCUCAAACCUUGCUCUCUCGAACCGACUUCCAGAACAAAUCGACGAGCGAACUCAGGGAAGAACUCUCGAAACGGGGCAUAGUCACCGGCUCGAAGAAAAAAACGAUCUUGAUCGACAAGAUUCUAGAGGAUGAACAGAGACGGAUGAGCAGCUCAGCCAUCCGGGCCAAGAAAGUGGGGGGACAGCCGGCUGGAGGAAGGAGUGGGACCGAGGAACUGGCCCGCUCGAGACAGUCAUCGACGAGCACAUUGCCAGAGCCGGUCGUCAGCUCGCCGAUCAAGGUGGCCGCCCGACUGAUGAGCGAGCCCGACGGCGAGACACCCAAGUCAGCCCAGAUCCAGACCGGCUCCAAAUCAGCCUCCCUGGCCUCACCCGGAAUCACCCUCAGGAGCGAAGGCCACCAGGCCCAGGUCUGGCCGGCUUCCAUCGAGCUCCCCAGCACACCCGUCGAGGAACCCACGCGGACGACGAUCCCAUUCAUCCCCGAUAAUUGGACCUCUCACAAACAAUCACAUGCUCCCAAGAUGGUCGAGCUCAAACCCAGCUCAGCCGAAGUCUCAACAGCCUCCCAUCCGAGUACCCUGCCCGAAGGAGGGCCCUCACAGAUCGUCACCGACCGAUUCUCACCCUCCUCCACCCCUCGCUCCUCUUCAUCCUCAGAUCCGGCCCAGGGAUCGACAGCCUCGAGCCAGCAGAACCCCGACCAGCUCAUCCUAAACUACCUCGCCUCCAUCUCCCUGCCCUCCUCGCUCGACUUCUUCUCAUCCAAAGAUCCUGACCAACAAGAUCAUGCUCCCCAUCCUCAUGAGCAGUUCAAGUUCGAAGACCGUCCCUUGAACGAUCACGAACGAAACGGUCUCUAUCAGUUACUGGCCUUCUUUGGCGGAUCCUGGCUCGUCGCUGGGCUCUUUGGCGGUCAUUAA